AGAUCUCUAUCUAAUCUUCACACGCUUGCAUUUUGCUACUUCUGUUGCCCCAACAUCAAUGUCUGAAUUAGCACCAAAACAAGAUACCAUGUUAGAAGCACAACAAAAUAAGCAUGACCAAGAACAAGUGGUAGUGAUUUCACAGAAAAAGCUGAAGAGGAGAAAAGUGUGCGUGAUUGCUUCAGGGGUUGUGUGCUUACUUCUUGUGGUGCUGAUCAUAGUUAUACUUGUUCUAGCCUUGACCUUGUUGAAGCCCAAAGAGCCAAGAACACAACUUGUCUCAGCUGCUUUGGAGGGUAUAGCUCCACGUGUCACAUUUCCUGCUAUUGACAUACAAAUCAAUGUUACUCUUGACCUCAAGAUUCAAGUCGAGAACAGAAACCAUGCUAGUUUCAAGCAUCAAGAGGGAAAGAGUGUGUUGUUGUAUGAAGGAAAACAAGUUGGAGAAACAGAUAUAUACCCGGGUUUGAUUCCUUCAAGGGGUUCUGCAACACUUCCAUGCAGACUCACCCUUCAGGCUGAUAAACUUGCAUCCAAUUUGACAAGUUUUAUUGGGGACUUAAUGGGAGGAGAACUCUCUAUGGAAACAGUUACUAGGAUUCCUGGAAGAGUUUCCUUCCUUGGAUUCAUCAAAAAACAUAUUGUCGCAAAGUCCAAUUGCAAAUUCACUAUUAGGGUUCCGGACUUUAAGAUCAAAGACCAAGUUUGCAAGAGUAAGGCCAAAAUAUGAAUCCUAGAGGGAGCAGAUUUGUAGGUUAUAUACAUGGUCAGUACAAAGUUCAUACUUUAUUACUUUCUCACUGUGAGAACUUCUGAGACAUAAAUAAUAGUGUUACAUACUUGUAUUUGAAUAUUAAUUUCUUCAUCGUUGUUGUGUUGUUUGCUUGCUUGUCUAUUAGACUUUGGCUCCAGUUUUGUAAAUUUUAAUUGAGAGAACACCAUUUCCGGGAGUACUAUUUAUGUUUUGUGCUAACUCUUACUUUAUCCUUUGAAACUUGUGAUCAUGUUAUGCCAUGCAAAAGUGGACCCAGAAUCUUGGCUUGACCCUGCAUAUGAUUCAAUAUUGUAAAUUUUCU